CACUUAUCGCUUCCGGAUAGUAAAGACGAAGGAAAACAACGCUCCUACAAGGAUUAAUUAAGAUGACAAGUCGCUGUCGGUGCGGUUAGCAUAGCUUACAUUGGAUUCAGGAAGACGGAUCCAGACAUUUAAGGCUGUUUGUGACUUAGGUCUUUUUUACGGAUUUUUUAUAUCUUUGCGCUGCUAGCUUAAGCCUCGGUUAGCUGGUGCGCGAACAAACGGCUUCUCUCUGAGAGGUGAUCAUCGGUCUCGCUGCCGUUUAACCUCAUAUAGCACUGCUUUUCCUUGUUCAAGGGUGUGCAGCUGUCUACGUGUCUGGGUGUAUUUUAGAAGCGUUUAGAUCAUUUUUGGGCUACGUUAAAGCGGAACAACAGAAAACAAAAUUUUUGGCCAUCCAAUAUACGGUUUAGUUAUUUAAAAAAAAAAGUGAAUAGUGUUCGAAAUCAACUUUAAAACUUUACAAAAUGGCUGGAAUCUGGACUUCAGUCUCUUCCAGGAAAGCUCUUCAGAUAGUUUGUGAAUAAUACUGUGAGUUGUUAGGCUCCACUACUCCGUCCUUGUUCAACUGACGGGGCAAUUCAGCUACAUCCUGUGUUGGAAAUUGAAGAAGACACCCUUUAUUUAUUUAUUCAUUCUUGCCUGUCUAAGCAGUGUAUUUUCCAUAGAUCUUCAGCUCAACAGUGAAGGAUGAAUAGCCUCUCUCUCAGUGAGCUCUGCUGCCUGUUCUGCUGCCCGCCCUGCCCAAGCCGCAUCGCAGCCAAGCUGGCCUUCCUUCCGCCGGAACCCACAUAUGCCUUUCUGCCCGACCCUGAUGCAGGCCCUCCCACAACGGGCGCAACCGGGACAUCGAGUCUGCGGUCAAGGAGUGGAGCUUCGGUUUCUGGAAGUGGAGGAGCUGGUGCCGUGGAGGGGAAGUGGAAGCUUCACAUGACAGAACGAGCUGAGUAUCAGUACUCUCAGCGAGAGCUCGACAACAUCGAGGUCUUCUUCACUCGCUCCAGCAGAGGCAACAGAGUCGGCUGCAUGUACAUCCGCUGUGCACCGAAUGCCAGAUUUACCAUGCUUUUCUCCCACGGCAACGCAGUCGACCUUGGCCAGAUGAGCAGCUUCUACAUCGGCCUCGGCACUCGCAUCAACUGCAACAUCUUUUCCUACGACUACUCAGGUUAUGGAGUCAGCACAGGCAAGCCCACAGAGAAGAACCUCUACGCGGACAUAGAUGCAGCCUGGCACGCCCUGCGCACACGAUAUUGCAUAAUCCCAGAGAACAUUAUCCUGUACGGUCAGAGCAUCGGGACCGUUCCCACUGUGGACCUGGGUUCACGCUACGAGUGCGCUGCCGUGGUUCUUCACUCUCCUUUAACGUCUGGGAUGAGAGUUGCCUUUCCUGAAACAAAGCAAACCUACUGCUUCGAUGCUUUCCCCAACAUUGAAAAAGUGUCUAAAAUCACUUCUCCCGUUCUCAUCAUCCACGGGACGGAGGACGAGGUGAUCGACUUUUCUCACGGCUUGACCCUGUUUGAGCGCUGCCCUAAGGCGGUGGAGCCCCUCUGGGUGGAGGGAGCGGGACACAACGACAUUGAGUUGUACAGCCAGUAUCUGGACCGCCUCCGACGUUUCAUUGGACAGGAACUGGCUGUUCAACACGCCUGACCUGCUUAAAACCACAUCAUCAUGUCAUUUUAUACUUCCUCUGUCACUGAAAGCAUGGCCUCCCUGUAUGGAAGAUGGAAAUAAUGUUUUCUCAGCCAUCCACCAUGGCCUGAAGGAGUACUGUCCCACACACCGUUACUGUAGGCCUUUAAAUGGACCACGGACCAAGGAGGCACAAAGAAAAUCUUUAUAAUCAGAUCUGUUUAAGUGUGGAAGACAACAUUUAGACUGUUUCAUUUAGCAGAAACCUAAAUAGUACUGAUCAUGUUUUUACUGGGCAGUUAAGGCGUCUAUAUUGUGUGCAAUAACACGGACACAGUCCACAGGAGAGUGGCUUCUGAUGAUGUUCAGAGAAGAUACUGCUAAGAAACCAUGGAGGUUUUCUAGUCUACUUGUGUGUUUGCGUGGGUGUGUAAAACUUCAAUCUGUUAACUAAAGUUGGCAGAAUAAUGUUGAAGCAUGAGAAACACUUUUAUUCAAAAGGUCUCCAUGCGGUAAAAUGGGGAUUUUUUUUUUUUUUUUGGUUCUUUUACAGAAAUUUCAAAUGAGACUCCAUAUCUGAUCUUACAUUUUACUUAAUUUCUAACACAUUACUAGAAUCAAGUGCAAACCUCACGCAUAUUAUAAUAAAUACAUUUUCAGAUUAAAUUUGAUGUACACUAUAGUCUUUGUUUGUUGUGGCAUUGGACUGCAUUGCGUUGGAGGACGGUUUUCUGUCUUAUGCGUGUACUGUGGUCUGAAUUUCUUGGGAAAGGGCAAUCUGUCUGGAUAUAAAUUUAUAUACAGAGUCUUUGAUUUAGAUUUCACUGUACUUGAUGUUUUGCUCAGGUAACCCUGUUUUUGACAUUGGGGUCGGCGUGUUCCACACUCGUUUGUUUAAUGUAGUGCCCGCUGGGUAUUUUCUGUUGCUGAUUUCAAGUCAUCCUUACCUGUAAACCAAGUAAUAAACCAAUACUUUGAUCCAAUAAGGUACUGAUCGCAUCAAAGGUCGGUGAGACUUUGACCUCCAUGUCUUCUUUUUAGCAACCCUUGUAGGAACCCAGUACAGUGAGAUGAACUAGAUUUGGAAUGAAGUAAGGCAUUCAGAAUCCAUCUAGUUUCUUUGUUUAGUGAAAUAAGGCUCUUUUUGUUUUGUCUGUCUUCAUCUCUCACAGCAGCUCCCAGCUGCACAUUCUUCUGCAACGGGAACGUUCGCACUAACACUAAACAGGCCUGGGUUGUCUACUUCAAGCCUGUAAAUGUCUUUUUAAUACUAAUACUGCUGAUUUUAACUCAAACCUGAGGCACAUUUUUACCAUUAUACAGUGAAUAAAAGUUUCCUUCUGAAGAAAUAAAUAUCUACAAAGCUGCAUAAUUGUAUUAUGUUUUAUGAAUGAUUGAGCUUCACACUGCUUCCCAACAUGGUUCAGAUGAAUACAGAGGCAUACCAGAUCUAAGUACAGUAACAUGGUUCAUUUUGUUCUAAUGCAGUCAUUAUUAACCACAGAUGUUCUGCAAAAUAUCAAGAUAAAAGGAAUGUUUUCAAGGCUUUCCUUAUUUCCUUUACAGUGUGUUUAAUGUUCUGUAAAGUCUGUAAUAUUUGUGCACAGUCACAGAGGCUCUGCAUUGUCACAAAGUGUCAUCCAAACUACCUGCUGCUGAUGUUUUCUAUCUUCACAUGCUUAAGGGGAAAAGGUUUAAAGCUGAAUUGUUAUUUCUGUCUCUUUUUUUUUGUCAAUUUCUAUAUGUAUGUAUGUCUUCUAAGCUGAGUUGAAAUGUUUAACAAACUGUGAGCUGAUGAAGCACCUUGACACAGGAGCCUCAUGUCAACACAGCUUCUUUUCUUAUGAGUAAACACUCCUAUCUGUUUAUGAUACAGAUCAUUUUCUAGGUUUUAAAGGUUUUGUUUUUGGUUUUCUCCAAAAGUUAAAGAGAACGAGUCAAUAAAACAUACCCAGAAGUUAA